AUGCAUUUCUCUCCUGCAGCCAUUCUCUUCAUCUCUGUCCUGGGUACACAAGCAGUACCCCUGGCCCUCCCCCGACAGGCAAACAACACCCUCGUGCGCAGACAGGAGGAACCCUAUUCAGUUGUGAAUGUUGGCGGCGCCAACAUCAACGGAAUCGAGACCAGCUCUGCGAUCGAGACCGCGACCGAGACUGUGACCGCUCCCAGUAUCCCUCAGGCUCCCGUGACCGUGACCGUGACUGAUAUGCCAACAUCGACGUCGACACCAGUCAUCACACCGUCUUCAUGGGCUACACCGUCGUCCAGCUCCUGCAUUCCAUCAUUGAGCAGUGUACCAGCUUGGCCGACGCCUUUGCCGGGGGACGACCAUCCCGUCUACCCUCGGAGCUUCAACCUCACUCACAAAUCUCCUCUGCCUCCUAAGAGCUUCCGGAGAUCGCUCUCGAGCACCAACAGCACCGGCCCUCAUGUUUUCAAAGCUCGCAGUGACAAUGCAACUGAGACGGUGCCGAUUUCAGCUCGCACAUUGUUGAACGGCACAAUCGCAGCUGGCAGCGGCCUCUUUGCGCGGGCUCUCAACCAGACAGGCCGUGUGUACUAG